CAUCCCUCUCCCUACGCGCCCCCCAACUCUCAACCUCAAAAAUUCAAUCUCUCACUCAACCUCUCUUCUCCCUGUCACGACUACUUCCACUUCCUUUUUUCUUAUCAAACAAUUCCCAAUAUCUUCCAAAAUGGCCACCGAGCGUGAAAGGUUUGUCUAUAUCAUCCCCUCCCGAAUCUCUUCCGAUGCUAUCGGCGCCCCGCCAAUGCCUUGGCUCGUCCAGCUCGUUCAGAAAUCAGAACCCCUUCGAAGGACGUCGUAUCGCUGACAUCGUACGUGUUACCUCACUAUAGCAAGACCUUCCUGGCCCGCCUCUGCGAGCAGGCCGAGCGCUACGAUGAGAUGGUCACCUACAUGAAGGAGGUGGCUAAGCUGGGCGGAGAGCUCACCGUUGACGAGCGUAACCUCCUCAGCGUCGCCUACAAGAACGUUGUCGGUACCCGACGUGCCUCGUGGCGCAUCAUCUCCUCGAUCGAGCAGAAGGAGGAAUCUAAGGGCUCCGACAAGCACGUAUCCACCAUCAAGGACUACCGCAACAAGAUCGAGACCGAGCUCGAGAAGGUCUGCCAGGAUGUUCUCGAUGUCCUCGACGACUUCCUCAUCCCCAACGCCGCCACCGGCGAGUCCAAGGUCUUCUACCACAAAAUGAAGGGUGACUACCACCGUUACCUCGCUGAAUUCGCCUCGGGUGAGAAGCGCAAGGGUGCUGCUACCGCUGCCCACGAUGCUUAUAAGAGCGCUACCGAUGUUGCCCAGACUGAGCUCACUCCCACUCACCCCAUCCGUCUGGGUCUCGCUCUCAACUUCUCCGUAUUCUACUACGAGAUCUUGAACUCCCCCGACCGUGCUUGCCACCUCGCGAAGCAGGCCUUCGACGAUGCUAUUGCCGAGCUCGACUCUCUCUCUGAGGAGUCUUACCGCGACAGCACCCUGAUCAUGCAGCUCCUCCGCGACAACCUCACCCUCUGGACUUCUAGCGACAGCGCUGAGGGCGAGGCCGCUGGUGCUGCCGAUGCUCCCAAGAAGGAGGAGGGCGAGGCUGCCAAGCCCGCUGAGCCUGCCGCCGCCCCUGCUGAGGAGCCUGCGCCUGCUGCCGCCUCCUAA